UCUCCCGUGGAUUUCCCUUGUUAAGGAAAAAAUACAUCCAAAAAAAAGAGAGAAAAAUAACCCCUCCACUCUGACUCUCCUUCUCUCUCUAAAUCCACUCCUCUCUCUCUCUCUUCAGAGCCCCCAUUACCAUUCUCCUUAUCACAAAACAAAGAAAAGAAUUUCAGAGUGUUCUUUUACUUGGAAAGAGGAGAGGAAGAAAAGUGGAGGAGAGAGAGAGAAGAAGAAAAGGAAGAAACAAUGAAACAGAGCACAACUACAAGCAGCAGUAAAGAGAGCUCUCUGUUAGCUUCUGCUACGGAGGAUGAAAUCAUUGUCUCUCAAAUCCUACUCGAUCUCAGAAAUCUCAUCUCCUUAUCUGAAUCCUUGUCCAAUUUCAACUGGGGUUGCAGGCGCCGAAGAUCUUGCUUGGAUGCUGCUCCGUCAUUACCUCCUACACCCUCAUUGCUUCCGCCGCCGGUACAGAGGACCGACAACGGAAUUGAAGCACACAUCAAAGCCGAGGAGGUGAGUUUGGAGGAGAAGCCCGACGCCACAGCCGCCACCCGCACCACCGCCAGCCCCGACACGCCACUCUCUUUCUCGCCCAGUGAAUCUGAUGAAAAGUCCAAGCACUCCUCCAAGAAAACUUCCAAGAAAAGGUCAAAACAGGAGUACAUAGAUAUGAUAGAAGGAUUAACACAGCGCAAAGACCUGCUUAGAGGGGAGAUAGAAAACGUAAAGAAGUAUUACAACAAGUUGAAGGCUUACAACUCUGAGUUGAAAGCAAUCAAAAAAGAGGUGCUAAAUACCAGUUGCCCAAGAAAGGAAGAGGAGAAGCAGAUGGAAACGGGCGGAGGGAUGAAUCCGGGGGUGGAAUUAACCCAGCAUUAUCGGGUGGAUAUGGUGCCUCAUCAACAGCCGUACAUUCAAGAUCCAAUGGGGCAGAAUUUUCAUCAGUAUCCAUUAUUUGGCCCAAUCGCAACCCAAUUCUACUCAUCCAAUAGUGGGUUUGGAUCGGUCAACCAUGUGGGCCCACUUGGGAUCGAUCUCAACAUUCCAGCUGAAGAGGCUCUUGGCGUGGACCCAUCACAGCCGUUAGAUGCGGGCAGAGUCAUUGCUGAUAAACGAGCCAGAUUUGCUGAAGCGAGGAGGAAGAGGAGAGGAAUAAUCAAGAUCAAGAACAUGAGGAGUGCUUGUGGUAUAAAAUUGCCAGCAAGUAGAUAACAAUGAGACCCUCGUUUUCUGCUAAAAAGGCGUUCUAUUUCAUAGUAACAACUUGUUAUAUAGCAU